CCAGUUCGUUUAAACUUAGAGCUGUUUUAGGGUUUGGGAAGAUCUUCGAAAGAGAGCGUGGGAGAACUUCCUUUGAUCAUUUGAGUUGUUAUUUUUAAUCUUUCUUAGUAAUGAACCCUAUACCAUUUCAAACUGCACCGCCAGGUGCACCUCCUCCUCGGCCUUGGUUCCCUUUGUUGCCACCUGAUCCACCACGGUCAAGUGCUUUUUGGGAGACCAGAAACGUGUCCAAUCAGUUGAAAGAAUUUCAAGAAACUCUAAAUCUCGCAAAAGCAAUGGAGAAAGAGCUAGAAAUGUUGAUGGUAAUGAAACAAAAUAAAGACUAUUAUAAAGAAAUUGAAAAUGGAUCAAAAGAUCAUUGUGUUUCCAUGUUUUCAAAACAUUUGGAAGAUGCAAGAACUAGCUUGGAAUUUCAAGAAAAAGGUUCGUUGGAAGCUGCAAACUCUUUGAUGGCAAAACUACGAGCUCAGCUGGAACCUUUUAGGUUUGUUUCUGAUGAAACAACAUCAUGGGAGGAGAAAUCUUUAGCUGUUAGAUUGGUUAAUAAAGCACAUAAGUCCAAACGUAAUAAAACGUGGAGGAAAAGAAAGAGAAAACGCAUAGCAGAAAGGCUUGCCCAGAAGCGUGAAAGAUUUGAACAAGCUGAUCAAGAAGCUGACGAGUGGAGGGCUAGGGAGAUUGCUAAGGAUAUUGCAAAACGCAAGGUUGAAAAGAUGAAUGAAAUUGCCAAGCUUAAAGCAAAAGAGGAAAGAAAGAGACUGGAAUCUGAGCUUGAACUGGUUUUGAUUGUGGAGAAAUUGCAAGAAUUGCGCUCUAUCAGGAUAAAAAAAUUGAAGAAACAAGGCUAUUUUCUUCCAGAGGAGGAUGACAAAUUUCUUGAAAGAGUGCGAGCUGCAGUUGAGGAAGAAGAGCGUCAAGCAUUGGCUGCAGCAGACACAGAUGCUGCUAAGGAUGCCAUUGCAACUGCUGAAGAAUAUAGAAAAACCAUUGAUAAUUGUGAACCUGUGUCAAAAGAUGGAAGCAAUGAUGACGGAGGAAUUGAGAAAAGUAAAGUCCAAAAACCUGAGAGCAUAGACAAAAGUGAGACCAGUAAUUUCGUAGACAAACAGUCUGGUAAAAACAGAUUUGAAAAGCAAGGUUAUGCUGGGGUAUUUGAUUCUGUGGCAAAUUUACCUAUGGAAUUCUAUCACUACUAUCAUGGCAGCAAUACGGACAUGGGCACACUUAUUGAGGUACGAAGAACAUGGGAUGCAUAUAUCAGACCAGGUGGAAGCCGCAUUCCAGGUCAUUGGGUUCAGCCGCCACCUCCAGCAGAUGAGAUAUGGGCGUCUUACGUAGUGAGGUCCAAAUGACACCUAAUUAAAGUGCAUAUAGGAACUAGGCGGUUUUUACGCCUACUCUGGUCUUCGUUAAAACGAAGAUAUGAUGUGAUUAUACCUUAUUGUUGUACGUAUAUAAAUAUAAAGAAUCAAUCAGAUUUACAUUUAUGUAUAUGGCAUAUUUUCGCUUA